CAUUGUAAGUGUAACGACUAACAACCCACUUACAUCUGGACAUAGCCAGGCGCAUAUGGAUGUGAAACCACGUGAUUUUGUUUCUCUUGCAUAGAUUGAUUGGAUUUUAAACUAUCAGGAAGCACAAAACAUAAUAAAUAUACAAUGUGGAAUUGGCAUGUUUUUACAGGGUGUGUUACAAUCUAUCUGAAAACUUCGGUGUGAAUCCACUGGUCAACGUCACAGCUCAAGGAAUGUCGCGUCUUUUAUUUACAGCGAUUUACCUGACCUACAUCUUUUCAGCAGCUAACGGGAAAUACAGAAGAGUGUGUUAUUACACUAAUUGGGCACAAUAUAGAAAUGGCAAUGCUAAAUUUGAGCCUAGUGACAUCGACCCUCACUUGUGCACGCAUAUCAUUUAUGCCUUUGGAAAACUUGAGAAUAACAGUAUCACCAAUUUUGAGUGGAACGACGACGUAAGGUAUGCAGAGGUAAAUGCUUUCAAGAAAACGAACCCGGAACUGAAGACUCUUCUAGCCUUGGGUGGGUGGACAGCCGGAAGUAAACCUUACUCAGACAUGGCCCUCUCCUCUGCCAGCAGACGUACUUUCAUAAACUCUGCCAUUGCUUGGCUGAGGAAGUUCGAUUUUGAUGGUCUUGAUAUGGACUGGGAGUAUCCCGCCAAUCGUGGAGGUCACCGGGAGGAUUACCAAAACUUCCCCACUUUAUUGCUGGAACUCUUAGAGGCGUUUAAAGAAGAAGCAAAAACAAGCAAUAAAAGCCGACUUUUAUUGACGGCAGCAGUCGGUAUUGGGAAAGCCGUGGCGGACUCUGCUUAUAACGUGCAGGAAAUGUCCAAAUAUCUAGAUUUUAUUUCUUUGAUGGCGUAUGACAUACGUGGCGGGUGGGACUCAUUCACGGGAUUUAACGCGCCAUUGUACAAGACUUCUGUCGAUACAACCAAUGAAUUUAACGUGGAUUUUGCAGUAGAUUACUGGCUGAACAAAGGCGCCCCCGCCGACAAACUCGUCCUGGGACUUGCCACGUAUGGCCGAUCCUUCACACUGAUGGACCAAAAUAACUACCGAGUAGGGGCACCUGCACGUGGACCUGGACCCCAGGGCAAAUACGUCAGCGAGCCAGGAUUCCUGCCGUUUUAUGAUAUCUGUGAGAGGCAGAUUCAGAGGACUGGGAAAACAUACAGAGACGUGGAUGCAAAAAACCCUUUCUUUGUAGAGGGAACAUUUUGGGUAGGAUUCGACGAUCAGCUCAGUCUCUAUACAAAGAUUAACGACCAAGUAAUAAAGAAAAAAUUAGGAGGCGCCAUGAUAUGGGCCCUGGACUUCGAUGACUUUAACAACAUAUGUAGUUAUGGGAAGUACCCAUUAUCCACAGUGAUGAAAAAAACUCUGGAGGCAGCGGAGGCGGGUGUUUCUGUCACUCCUCCAUCAACGCACAUCCCAUUGUCAACUAUGGGAUCUUCAAACAUAACAUCAGCAGGCAGCAGCGGAACUGAUCCAGAUUCCGGGAUCCAAGGGACAUCUGUUGACUGUAGCAGUUCUCCCGACGGCUAUUACAGAUUCCCGUAUGAUUGUUCCAAGUACGUUCAGUGUUUUAAUGGGCAAUCAUUCAUAAAUCAUUGUUCGCCAAAUCUAGAAUUUAACAUCAACAAUAAUCAGUGUGACUGGCCUCACAAUGUGGACUGUACAGCGCAAGUCAUGGACAAAACAACAUCUACCACUACAAAACCACCUACUUCAACAGUUUUAACGAACAAGGUGUCAACAAAUAGUGGGUACCAUUUGUUAACUCAACGUGUUUCGUUUACAGUUCUGCAUUGUCUAAUUUUAUUGUUUCUAUGUUCAUGAUUCAUUUUUGAAAAAAAAAAGUGCUUUCACGUUUACUGAUGUUGCAGUAAAAUGUUUUGUAUCGAUUAUUUAUACAGGGAAUGAUACAUUGUUAAAAUUGAUAUCACACCCCAUAUCUCGAACCGAGACUCCAAUAUCAGCCCGAGGGUCUACGGCCCACGGGCGGAUAUUGGUUGGGGGUUGACAUGGGGUGUAGUACAGCUUUUGACAUGUAUAGUUGUUUUUAUUAUAUAUUUGAAAAUAGUGUCCACAAUUCAGAUUUUUAAUCAUUGACAUUUCUUUUUAUUGAAAUCUGUUUCUCAUCAUGAUAUCCAAAAACAACACAACUGCUCCCAAGUGGAAAAAAUCCAAGAUACUCCGAAUGAGACAAAUACUCAAUCUCUACCCAGAGUUGUCGUUCCUUGUUCUCACAUACAACUCUGUCAACGUCUCGAGGGUUUUACAAGAUUUUUGUAAAAAUAAAUACUGAGUAGAUGUCAAGUCUUUUUGUGACACAAUAGUAAUAGAGGGGAAACUACAAAUAGUUGUUUGUCCUAAAUUUUCCUGAUAUCUUAUAAAGUAGUUCUUAGUUUUAUUAGCCGUAAAAAAAAAAAAAAAAAAAUGGAUUUACAUGUGGAAUAACAUUGCUUAUUUUUAGACGUUGAUGAGUGUAAGGAACUCUGGGUAGAGAUUGACAAAUACGGUGGCUGGGAGUGGCUAAAGUCAGGUGGAAGAGCGAGAUUUAAAAAUAUUGUUUUCGUUCCUUUGAAAUUGAUUUGUUCCUAUGAAAUAGAAUUCGUUCUCAUAAAAGAGAAUUUCGUAUGAGAAUUAUCACUGUUUGUUAUCUUCACUCAAAAUUUUAACCUUAAUUUCUAAUUCUUACAAUGAAAGUUAAUGUACAUACGGGUGCUUCAUAUCAAUAUUUGAAGUUACCAAUUAGCUUCAACUAUAUGCAGCCUUUGACUUAUAAAUAUACAAGGAACACUUGGUUGACUUUAAAAAGAAAUUUUAAUGUAUGAUUUUCAUUUAAAAAUGUACAAUUACAUGUCUUUAAUUACAUGAUAAUUGAUAACAAAUUGCAUUCCCUAUCAAUUGCAGAGUCUUUAUAUUUCACUCACAAAUCUAAUAUCGUGGGAACUAAUUCUAUUUUGUGGAAACGAUUUAAAAGAAAAAAAAAAAUCUCUUUCACCUGUCUUAAACCAACCACCGUAAUAAUCCUACUUCAUAUAACAAAUAUGGAUUUUAUUCUAUGUUAUGUGUUAAUGAUUAUACCUUGUUUGCAUGGCACUUGAUUUGUUUUGAUGAUAUUUUCUUAAUACGUGAUUAAUAUACAGUGUACCAAAGUUUCAGACACAAGUACUAACAAUUUACGAGGUAUUCACCAUAUACAUAUAUGUAAUACAAGAGUCCUUUAUUAUGUACUUAGUAAGAGAUACAGAUGUUUUGUACCAUGUGAUACAUUUUUUUUUGGUAUGUGUAAUGUCAACAAUAGAUCAAAUCAAACCGCCGUGGAACAAAAUAUAUAUAUAUAUAUAUAUAUAUAUAUAUAUAUAUAUAUCACGUAUCAGCCCGCCUACCCCCCCCCCCCCCCCCCCCCCCAAUCAGCUGAUCAUGAGGUUCCUGCACCUAAAUGCCAAAGAAAAGAGCUAAGAAUUAUUAUUUUCAUUGACUCAGAUACAUAAGCAUUUCAAUGUAAACAUUUCUUGAUCAUUAGAAGUUUUCUUAAUUCAUAAUGACAUUGAUUUUCAAUUCACUGUUGAAUUACAAUGUGAAGUGUUUCUGUUAUUUUGUUGAAAUUACUGUGUUCAUUGGUAUUCAGAUAAAUGAAAUUAUUACGUCUCUAUUUCUGCAAUGGUAGUUAAAUGUAGAAUAUACAGCUGAUGAUUACAUAAAUCAAGAAACUCAUCAAUCAUGCAUCAAAAAUCAUAAAAUGAAGGAGAAUAAGCAUGUGAUAAGUGAAUCCAUGUCAUGGGAUAUCAGUAGAAGUCCAAUGCCCUUGGUAUGAUAUUUGGCCGCUCAAGCUACAUGUAAUAUGACAUAUAAUAUGAAUUUUACCAUGUAAACUUUCCUAUUUUACUACUGUCAUAUUUACAAAGGUAGCAAUACAUGUACUAUGAACAUCUACUUAGUUAAAAAAAAACAAAACAAAAAAAAAAAAAAAAAAAACAACAACAAAACAUCUACUUAGUUAAAGUAGUUCUAACUAUAUACACCAUGUGUAUAUAUUUGAACAAUAGAGUGAACAUCUGUAGCUCCCGUGGUAAUAGAUCGGUAUUUCAAUACUUACAGAUAUUUUAUACAACUGCAAAAGUUGUCGUUGUUACAAUUAACUGGAUACUUUUUACAUGUGAAGAAACAUGAUACAUUACAUUCAUAUAAAUUUAGUAUUAUCAAUGGUGUUUUAACUGUGUAAGUUAUAAUUGAAUACUAGUAUGCAAUAUUUUUUUUACCUUGCAUGUAAAGAGUUCCACUUGCGUUUACUAUGCAUAUAAGAAAUGAAGAAAAAAUAUUGGU